AUGGCCCUCUACUGCGGUGACAACUUCGGGGUGUACUCGCAGCCCGGCCUGGCCCCACCCGCCGCCGCCGCCACCCCGGGCGCACCCCCGGCCGCCAGGGCGCCGUACGGGCUGAGCGAGUACGCGGCUCCGCCGGCCGCCGCCGCCAACCCCUACCUGUGGCUCAAUGGGCCCGGCGUGGGCGGCCCGCCCUCCGCAGCCGCCGCCGCCGCCGCGUACCUGGGCGCGCAGCCCCCGCCGCCGCCGCCCCCCGGGGCCGGCGCCGGGCCCUUCCUGCAGCCCCCGACCGCCGCCGCCACGUUCGCCUGCGCGCAGCGGCCCUUCGCGCAGUCCUCGGCCGCCGCGCCCGCCUCGCCCGCCGGGCCCGCGGCGCCGGGCGAACUGGGCUGGUUGUCCAUGGCCAGCCGCGAGGACCUGAUGAAGAUGGUGCGGCCGCCCUACUCGUACUCGGCGCUCAUCGCCAUGGCCAUCCAGAGCGCGCCCGAGCGCAAGCUCACGCUCAGCCACAUCUACCAGUUCGUGGCCGACAGCUUCCCCUUCUACCAGCGCAGCAAGGCCGGCUGGCAGAACUCCAUCCGCCACAACCUGUCGCUCAACGACUGCUUCAAGAAAGUGCCCCGCGACGAGGACGACCCAGGGAAAGGUAAUUACUGGACUCUGGAUCCAAACUGUGAGAAAAUGUUUGACAAUGGGAACUUCCGUCGGAAGCGAAAGCGCCGCUCUGAGGCCAGCAGCAGCUCCACCCUGGCUGCUGGGACAUCAAAAUCAGAAGGGCUCUCCUCAGGAACAGGGUCUGCAGUAAGUGGGAAGCCGGAAGCAGACAGCCCCUCCUCUCUGCUGAGGCCUUCACAGUCCCCAGAGCCUCCCGAGGGCACCAAGAGUACUGCUUCCUCCCCUGGAGGAUCCAUGCUCACCUCCGCACCUUGCCUCAACACUUUCUUCAGCAGUCUCAGUAACUUGAGUGUCGGCAGCAGUGGGAACACCCAUCAUCGAGCUCUCCCUGGCAGCCGCCACCUAGGAAUCCAGGGGGCCCAGCUGCCCUCCAGCGGCUCAUUCCCCCCUACCCCUAUCUCUGAGACCUCGCCAGAUGCCUUGCAACUGAGUAAUGGCACAGGCAAUAGCAGCAGCCAGAGAUCUCCCUAUUACAGCCCUUUCCCUGCCAGCACCAGUGGGGGCCAGAACAGCCCCUUCGGUGGCCCUUUCUACAACUUCAGCAUGGUCAACAGCCUCAUCUACCCCCGGGAGGGCUCUGAGGUGUAG